GGGCGUGGCUCGCGACGUCCGCGAUUGGCAGUUUAUGUAAUGAGCCGCCGGGGGCAAGUCUAUAAAUGAGGGAGGGCGCACGCCGUGCGCUCCCACUCAAGGCGGACGCGGGUGACGCGCGGCGGGCUGUGUGGACGCUCCGUGGACGCACAACUUUUUUUUUUUUUUCCCCCUCUCCCCCCCCCUCCAUCCCAUCAAAACAGGCGCGCACAUAAGAGGGGCCGCGCGCACGCCGCCGACGACGUGCACGUUUGUGGAGUACGGUGCCAUGUGAGGAGGGGCGGCAGGAGGCGGAGUACGGAGGGGGGGUGUUCGCUUGCAGCGCUCCUUGGAUAUUGUCACACUUGGAUAACGUUUUUCUGGAGGCGAGGAGCCAAGAGUGGGCAUUUGGAAGGAUUAUUAUUCCCCCCCCCCCUUUUUUUCCCUACUGCUGUUAUUGAAUUGGUUCUUUUGGAAUUGGGAUUGCGUUGUGGGUGUCACUUUAGCUGCGGAAGGAUGGCGGCUUGGUUCACCUUCACUGUCGCCUUCAGCACCGUGGCACAGGUGUUUGGCUCUGGUGUUUUUGAGCUUCACCUCCACGACUUUAAGAACCACGGGGGUCUGCUGGCCAACGGGUUGCCAUGUAAACCCAGUUGCAGGACUUACUUCAGGGUGUGCCUGAAGAACUACCAGGCGGUGGUCUCCCCAGGGGACUGUAUCUUCGGCAGCGCCCGGACACCAGUGCUGGACUUCUCAAACUCGUUCAGCGGAGCGCCACCGGGACCCAUCCAGAUUCCCUUCAACUUUGGGUGGCCGGGCUCCUUUUCAUUAAUAAUUGAAGCCUGGCACUCUCCUCAUGGAAAUCUACCUGUAGAAACCAACAACCCGGACUUUCUCAUAAGCUUCUUCGCCAUCCAAAGGCAACUGAGCGUAGGCAGCGACUGGUCGCAGGACACGCAGAGCGGCGAGCAGACGGAGCUGAGGUAUUCCUACCGCUUCGUCUGCAACAAAAGCUACUACGGCGAGAGCUGCUCCAAGAAAUGCACGCCCCGGGACGACCGCUUUGGACACUACACCUGCACCAGGGACGGGCAGCUCUCCUGCCUGGCCGGCUGGAAGGGGGAAUACUGCGAAGAACCCAUCUGUCUGGAAGGCUGCAGCGAGAGGAACGGCAAUUGCUCCAAACCUGGCGGGUGUGCGUGUCGAGACGGCUGGCAGGGUACCUUCUGCGACGAGUGUAAGAAGUACCCGGCGUGUAAGCACGGCACCUGCCAGCUGCCGUGGCAGUGCAACUGUCAGGAGGGAUGGGGGGGCCUAUUGUGUGACCAAGAUCUGAACUUCUGCACGCAUCACCAUCCCUGCGUGAACGGCGCCACCUGCAUGAACACGGGCCAGGGCAGCUACACGUGCACGUGCAUGCCAGGCUUCACCGGCGUCAACUGCGAGCUGGAGAUGCAAGAGUGCGACAGCAACCCCUGCCGGAACGGAGGAAAAUGCACCAAUCUGGAAAGCGGCUACACGUGCUCGUGUCUGGAGGGCUUCGAGGGCUCACACUGCGAGCACAGCCUCCUGACGUGCGUCGACUCCCCCUGCUUCCAUGGCGGCAAGUGCUGGGAGAAAGACAACGGGCGGAGCUACAUGUGCGAGUGUCCCCGCGGCUAUACCGGCCUCAACUGCGAGAAGAGAGUGGACAAGUGCACGUCGCUUCCCUGCGCUAAUGGUGGUCAGUGCCUGAUCCAUGGUGGCACUCGAGUGUGCAGCUGCCGCGCAGGAUUUACGGGCCAGCGUUGCGAAAUCAACAUCAACGAGUGCGCCGGCAACCCGUGUCUCAACGAUGGUACCUGCCUUGAUCGGAUCAACGACUACACCUGCGCAUGUUCCCCGGGCUACAGUGGACGCAACUGCGAAAGGGUCCUGGAUGAGUGUCCUCUCCAUACCUGCCUCAACGGCGGCAUCUGCAACAGUAAGAGCCCAGCAACUUGCGUCUGCCCGUCUGGCUACACUGGGCCCAGCUGCGAGUUCUUCGCCGCCGUGACUUCGCAAGUGGGAGAGAGUCAAGAUGGCUUUCAGUGGGCGGCAGUGUCUCUGGCCGUGGGGUUAGUGGCGCUGUUGGUCCUGCUUUGCAUGGUGGGCUUGGCCCUACGGCAUGUCCACCGGCAGGCUCGGAGGCGGUGUGAGGACACGGAGACCAUGAACAACGUGUCCAGCACCCAGCGGGAUAAUCUCAUUCCGGCGUCGCAGCUGAAAAAUACCAACCAGAAGGUCAGCCUGGAGGUGGACUGCGACUCAGAGAAGUCGAACUUUAUCCAUAAAAAUCAUCACUUGGACCCUUACAGCUCGAAAACAAAGGAGUUUAAGGAUAUGAAGUCGCAAGAUGACAAAAGUCUUAUUUAUGACAAGUGUUUAGAACAUAAACGACCCUUGAGUAGAGCGUGCAGUGAAAAGUCAGAGUGUAGGAUAUCAACGAUAUGCUCGUCCAGAGAUUCUACAUACCAGUCGGUAUUUGUCAUAGCCGACGCGAGGAGGGAGUGUGUCAUAGCGACGGAGGUUUAAAAUGAGUGACGAAGGAGGGACACACAAACACAAUCAAAGCAGAAUUGGAACAUUCUGGAUUGUUUACAAAUGCCGAGAAGAGACUCGGAGGUCGUCUUUGCGACGCCAGCCGCUGCUCUCUGGAACACUUGAGGACACGGCGGAGGAACAUUUUAAUUUAUCAUCUUUCGGAUGGUCGAAAAGGAGGCGAAGGUGGAUCGCCUGCCCGCCACUCGUUUUCCGCCCUUGUGUAAUAAUCACGAUCACUGCGAUGACUUACAGCCAACCAAUCAGUGAAAGUUGCCUGAGAUUUUUUUUUUUAGCCCCACCCUCCUGGAAAUCCCUCCCCUCCCGUCGGUCACUCCUACCACCUUCGCCCUCUAUGCAAAAAAAAAAAAACAAAAACAAAAA